CCGGGUAUUUACAUGCAGCUAUUCGACACCAUGCAUCUAAUUUCAAAUGCGUCGACGAGGCUGAGGAGGCUGGCAGGGCCCGAAAGACCCGCUUUCAGCCUGGCGGGUACGAUCGAAAAUCUAUUGGACAUGCACUACUCAGCUGACCCCCCAUCCCUGUCAUUUUCUUGACAGCGAAUAACUGCGCAUGCUUUUCGCAAUCUAGUAAUCAUCUCCAACUUUUUGCUCUGGUCACGAAGUUAUUCAUCACUUGGUCCCGCUGAGUCGCUGUUCACUUUCUCUUCCAAUGGGUGACCGGCGGACUACCGCGGGCCCACCACCUACGCCCUUGAAGGCGUGUGCCAUCCAGGGCAGGGUGAAGGGUUUCUUCAUCACAACCGCUACCGACCACCUCGGAAAACUUCAGGAUUUUGGGAACAAUCACGGUCUACCGAGGUGUUUUUCCUGGAAAAUUCACGAUACGAGGACAUAUUUGAGAUCAAAAAUACCCGAUCUCUGCAACCGUUGCAACAACUUAGCACUCCUAAGCCAUGAGAGUAUCAGGAAAGAGGCUGGGUCGAAUUUUAUGGGAGAGCGCUCGCUAAAUCGGUCUUUGAUACUUCAUCCUCUUUUCAAAGAACUAAAGGAGACCGCACGUGCCGGCUGCCUUUUUUGUUCUAUUCUAGUGGACCUCCCAAACCAGGCGCAACCCCAGCCCUACAAUCGAGGCUCAACACAAUAUGGCGGUUCUGUAAUUGUAAUUGGCGACAACAUCCCUGUUUCUUUCUAUCCUGUUUCUGCAACAUAUCCUAAUGAAGUGCUGUGCAGCUUUGUAAUCUCGAGGCGUCAAGGUAGCACAAAUCUUUCCGACUGGCCUAUAUUAGGGAGCGAAGCGGAAAUUAGCGCUCAUACAGGAGAUGGUGUCUGCUAUCAGUUUCUUGAGCAAUGUCUGAGAAAUUGUCUCCAGAGAGUAGGUUCAAAAGGUCACCGGUCAUGCACGCCAUUUAUAUCAACGUCCUUGCCCAAGCGCGUCAUCGAUCUUUCCCGAGGCAUAAACUCUCUAAAAGUACUGGAAGCGUCAAACCGGACCGAUAAAUAUGUCACUUUAUCCUAUUGCUGGGGUAAUGAAGGCCUUCCUCUGCGGUUAUUCACCCAAAAUUACAAACAGAUGAAAGAAAAGCUACCAUGGCAACUCUUGCCUGCGGUAUUUCAAAACGCAGUCGAGGUUUGUCUUCGACUUGGUGUCGGAUUCCUUUGGAUUGACGCUUUAUGUAUCAUUCAAGAUGAUUCCGAAGACUGGGAAAUUGAAUCAUCGAAAAUGGCCCAGUAUUUUCAGGGAGCCUUUUUUACAAUCGCAGCGUCUUCCUCCAGAAAUUGCUUUGAACCUUUUUUGAGACCAAGAGAUCCAAGAUGGCUACACAGAGAGUUUCAGGGACAGUCGAACCGCUUGACACAGUCGAUUCGUGUACGGCAGAUCGAAGAAAUCCCUGACAUCACUUUACAUGACCCCUUACGUCCAUUGUCAAGCCGUGGAUGGUGUUUUCAAGAAUAUGUACUGUCCUCACGGAUUAUGCAUUUCUACAACAGCGAGCUAAUGUGGGAAUGCAAGUCCUACAAGUUUUUUGAGAGUGGGUCAGAGAGAUUUACAAGUCUCGGUUUCAUACCCUUGACUGACUUGAAUCGUUUCACGGGAGCAAUAAACGAUUUAAAAGCGUGGGGAAGAGUUGUUUCUGCAUACACCAAACGGAAACUCACUCGUCCUUCCGACCGGCUUCCAGCGCUAAGUGGACUAGCUUCUUUCAUACAAGCUGCAACUGGAGCAACUUAUCUAGCUGGUAUGUGGCGACAGACCUUGAUCGGAAGCCUACUGUGGUCCUCUGAAAUCUCAUCAUACGAAGAUCAAGAUUGGUCGCCUAUGGCUGAAGACGACCGGACACCUUCUUGGUCGUGGGCGUCUAUCAACGGUCCCAUCUCCUUUUUAACACCUGAACAACCAAAUAUCAGUAUUUUGGACAUCCAUUGCAGCCCAAAAGGGUCGAAUCCUUUUGGUCAGGUGAAAGGUGGUUACAUCAUACUGGAAGGAAAUAUUAUGAUCGCCAACCUCAAUGGUUCCAAUGGACGAAAAAUUUGCCGUUUGUUUGCCGGCAUUUCAUUACUUGGAGCUCAUUAUUUGCAUCUUGAUCGACCAGUCGAGGAAUGCGAUUGCAGGACGCCGAUUUUUGCCGCUACUAAAACACUACGAAGGGUUCGCGGAGAACAUGCCCUCCGUAACGACGGGAAAGAGUUCAAUGCUUGCGUGGAACUCCUUCGUUUUGCAACUAGUGGUUCUUUUGCAUUUUUUCUCAUCCUGGGAAGGUCAGACACCAUUCAUGGAGCUCAUGUACGGCUUGGUCUGGUAUGGUUUAGGAAGCAUAUGACGAACGAUUUCUUGAGUGUGGGGAGGCGCAGGGUAACUAUCAUAUAGACGCACUUCCUUUGAUAUCUCAUUCUGUCUUAUUCAAUGUUACGUUCUAUUUGUUCCGUGGC